AUGGCUUCGAGAAAAGUAUGUCUACUGCUUUUACUUUUAUUCACUACACAAUCAUUGGAAGAACAUAUUCGAUCAUUUCAUAUGAUUUCGAUGAUUGGUCAGACUUUUAAAUGUGCUCAAACAACUUGUUUACCAUUCAUAAGUCUUAUUACAUUGAACAUUCUCGGUUGUCAAAUAGCUUGUUUGGAUCAAACAUUAUGCGAGGCAAUUAGUUUUCGUCGAUCAACUUCAAACUGUCAACUGUUUGCUGAUGUAUUAAAUCAAACGGGAAACAUGUCUUAUGAUAUGGAUGUGGUGACUAUGACUGAGAUUUCAACAACACGAUUUUCCUCCGAACAUUAUAUAACAAUAGCAUCGUCGUCGUCAUCAACAACAACAACAACAUCAGUGCCAGGAUGGAUAACUAGUGGAAAUAUGACUGUCCCACGACGUUUACACGCUGCAUCCACAUUAGGAAAUGGAAAAGUGUUAGUUACUGGUGGAUAUAAUGGUAUUAAUUAUUAUAAUAGUGCUGAAUUGUAUGAUUCAUCGACAGGUAUUUGGAUAAGCACAGGGAAUAUGAGUACCCCACGAUAUUCUCAUACAGCAUCCCUACUAGCAAAUGGAAGCGUAUUAGUUAUUGGUGGAACUGAUGGCAGCACUGCUCUCAAUAGUGUUGAAUUAUAUGAUCCAUCAAGUGGUAAUUGGACAAUAACAGGAAGCAUGAAUAACGCACGACAAUAUCAUACGGCAACUAAACUGGCAAAUGGAAAAGUGCUAGUUACUGGUGGAUCUAAUAAUGGUGUUGUCCUCAAUAGUGCUGAAUUAUAUGAUCCCGUAACAGGCAGCUGGACAGUCACAGGAACUAUGACUAUCGCACGACAAUAUCAUACUGCAUCCAUAUUAGCAAAUGGAACAGUAUUAGUUAUCGGUGGAUCCAACACUGGUUCUGCUGUCAAUACUGCUGAGUUAUAUGAUCCAUCAAAUGGCAUUUGGAGAACUAUACAGAAUAUGAAUAGUCCACGACAAUAUCAUACUGCAUCGAUAUUAGCAAAUGGACAAAUAUUAGCUGCAGCUGGAUAUAAUUCUGGUGGUACUCUCAAUACUGCUGAACUAUAUAAUCCGUUAACAGGCACCUGGACAUUCACCGUGAAUAUGAAUACUCCACGGCAACGUCAUACCGCAUCCGUAUUAGCAAAUGGAAAAGUGAUAGUUGCUGCUGGAUCUAAUGGUAGUUUUAUCAAUACUGCUGAAAUAUAUGAUCCAGCAACAAAUACUUGGACAAAUACAGGAAACAUGAACGAAGCACGACAAUUUCAUACAGCAUCGAUAUUAGCAAAUGGAACACUGUUAAUUGCUGGUGGAUAUAAUACUGGUGGUGCUUUGAAAACCACUGAAAUGUACUGA